UAUUUUACAGCAUUAUUAAAUAUAGCAUUAUUUAUUAUGCCAAAAAUCAUUUUAAUGUUUUAAAAGUUUACUUGCAUUUGAUAAUAUGAUGACAUGCAUCCCACAAGCUGUUAAAUGUAACAUUCAUACACAUUAUAAUAUAUUAUUGAUAUUAUUCGACUGUCUUUCAUUUUAUAAAUAAAAAUGCAAUUACAACUAGAUAAAAAAGUUUGUCAAGAGAAACUUAAGGUUGGCUUGAGAAAGCCUAGCCUGAAAGUUUAAAGCAGUUGUAAAAGCCUGAAGUUUGAACAUUUAGAUAGAUGUUGAUAACAUGUUUCUAGCAUGACUGACAUGUUUUUAGCACAAUUAACCUGUUACUAGCAUGUUGCCAGCAUGAUUAGCAAGUGACUAGCAUGUGGCUAGCAUGUUUCUAGCAUUAUUAUCAUGUUACUAGCAUGUUGCUAGCAUGUUUAUAGCAUGAUUAGCAUAUUACUAGCAUGUUGUUAGCAUGAUUAACAUCUGACUAGCAUGUUGCUAACAUGUUUCUAGCGUGAUUAGCAUGUGACUAGCAUGUCACUAGCAUGUUUCUAGCAUUAUUAACAUGUGACUAGCAUGUUACUAGCAUGAUUAGCAAUGCUACUAGCAUGAUGCUAGCAAUAUUUGCAAGUUACUAGCAUGUCGUUAGCAUGUUUCUAGCAUGAUUAGCAUGUCGCUAGGAUAGAUAGAUAGAUUAGAAAUAUUAGAUGAGUUUGAAUGAAUUAGAAAUAAUACAUAGAAGGGAAGCUUGAUUGAGUGUAAUGGGCUUCAGUUUGUUUACAUUUGAAUUUUGACAGUUGGAGUUUGAAUAGUCUUGGCUCAUCUGAACAUUCCGUCAAUGUAAGUCUAUGGGAUUUUUAUGAUUUUUAAUCUUCAUUUUUAUGAAAACUGUAAGUCCGAUCAGUCUGAAGAGAUACAGCAGCUCGAGUCAGACCGGUCUGAAGAGCUGGGCUGAGUUUGGUGGUUCUAGCUUGAAAGCUCUAGGAGGAGAUGAGCACUAAGUUUACCAGCCGGAGAGCAGCGGCGAACAACAAACCAUAAAGAACAUUCCUGCUUGGUCUUGUAUCUGUGUUUUCAUUUUUACACGUGUUCAUUAUUUAUCUGUAUUGUUUGUUAUCAUGUUUAGGAACCAUGACAUUAGUGAAGGGAGCAGAUCGUAGUUGUGAUCCGUGACUAGGCCCACGGUUCAGCAUGUGUUCAGAGGAUUAAUUGCUAAAUUUAAUAGAUAAUAGAGUAUUAAAACCUAAACAGAAAACAUAUUGUAAUAAAAGCGGUAGGGGUGAAUUUAUUAUUCCAUGUGAUGGAGGCCGAGUGGAGAAGCCUGGUCAGCAGUGAAUGUGAUCUAAACUUGUGUUUGCUUCUCCAGCGUCUGCAUCAGGCCUCAUGGCGUCUCUGAGAGAGGAAUACUGCAGGACACCACAGGCUCCACGAGAACACAGCACUGUCUGUCUUCACUACACCUGCUGCUCUCUCCAGAUCCCUCCAGAGGACCAACAACAUCAGGCUGCUGGCGGUUUCAAAAAAUUCCCUCAUGUCCAAAUUCAACAUGAAGGAGGUGGUCUGCUGCAGAAAGAGGCUUUUGAAAAGACUGCACUGUUCUCGAUCAUUAGAGAUGCUGUGAUAACAGUGUUUAAAAACUCUCUCUGCCGCUGUUUAAAAACUAGCCCUCGUUGCACUUUUGAAGUGCUGUUGUUUCAGCCGAACUACUCAGUGGUGUUUGCCUUGAUCUAUCGCCCGCCAAACAAAGAUGUUCUCAAUGAGUUUGCUGAGUUUCUGGGGGAUAUUGUUACUAGCCAUGACAAAAUCAUAAUCCUGGGAGAUGUAUCUGAUUCGCUUUGUGAGGAUUUUGCGAGAUCUUUUAAUGAUAAGGUUGUACAAAUUAAAUCUCUACUGACUUUGUCAGCCUAUACUUCACUUGAUGUUCCUCUCUGCUCUUGUAUUGUAUUGUAUAACCAGCUUCCCGGCAGCAACAGAGCUGAACUUGAGGAACGCAGCUGGGAAGCAUUUUAAACAAGAAAUAAAACCAAUAAUUAAUAACUUCCUUUAAGUUCACUGUUGGUUGUUUUAUUUGUUAAAAUAAGUAAACCAACAAAAGGGUUAAUCUUUUUUUAUGUUGUCAUUUAUCCAGAAUAUUUUAAUGUUAAGUGUGAUAACAUGCUCUUUUUCUUUUAAAUAUCAUAAAUUAUUUAAAAUAUUUUAUUUUUAGUUGUUAAAAAUGUUUAUUUUUCUUAAUAAAAGCUGUGUAUUUAAUUUGUUUGGAUGGAUUGCCAUUUUGUUGUCUAUUAGAUGUAUAUCUGAAGGCAUUCAUUAGCUGUCUAUUUGAUGUCUAGUCUAUUCUUGGGAUAUUAUUAGACGUCUAUUAAAUGUUCACUGACAGCCCAAAUUCAGUCUUGUUUUAGUCUAGACGUCAGGGCUGUGAUUGAACGGCUAUUAGACAUCUUUUAAACGCAAAAUAGCUUGCUGGUACCCCUCAUAUAACCGUCCGUCGCACACAUCCGUCAUGUUUGUAGUUUUUUAAUACUUAUUAUCCGUGUUUGUAGUUCUGAACUAAAUACUUUGUUAAAGCGCAAUGGAUUGUGGGCAAUAUUAGCCGUUAGAGGUGCACGGAUCCACACUUCAGAAAUCUGCCUGAAAUAGUAGACCAUCCGGGGAUGCGAUCGCUUGCUGGGUAUUUUCAGAAAACGUGAACAUGUGAAUUAUUAUCUAGUUAUCUAAACAUCGCUAUGAACAGUUUGCACAAUACAGCUGUGUGUGACUGUAAAUGUCUCUGAGUUUUGUUAUCGUUCUGUGUCCAUCCUCCUCUAUUUCCAGCACUUAAUCAAGCCACUCUUCUUUAAUACAUGAGGACGUGGCGCUGGCUCUCGAUUUGAGCUGUUUAUUCAGCAAACAUUGAAGUAUUCGGUUUCUACAGCGACUCAUUCUCUUUCUAUGAAACCUGUAAACCGCAUUCACCGCUUCUGACUCUACAGCGGCAGCAGCUCUAUAGCGGUUUGACCGAGCAUUGCAGCUCUUUCACUUUUUCUAGAAUUCAAUCAAAUGACUUUCACAAUUCAUUUUUACUUGUGCGUGGCACAUUAUUUCUUCUGCGCGGCCACACACACACACACACACACACACACACACACACACACACACUCAAAGAAACAUUUGUUUUAUUCUAAUCCAGUAUUUGUAUUUAUAUCAGAGAGUCACAGCCCUGUUCCUGGAGACACCUCAUCUUUGCACAGUUUGGAUGAAUCUCUCUUAUCAAACACACUUGAUUCAACACUUCAGGUCAUUAGUAGAGCGCUCUGUGAUGUUAGCUGAGUGUCAAAUAAAGACCUCAAAAUAUACAGAAACAGUGUAGAGAAACACAGGCCUACUGUACACAAUAAAGUCAAUAAAACAAAGACAGUG